GCGGGUUUGGGCUACGCUCUUGAAAUGGCUGCGCCUGGAGUCGUCCAGCUUAAGUCCCAGCUUAUCAUGGCGUCGUGUAUUGCUGGUGGUGGCUUACCCUUGCUCGAGCUUCGAACGCACCCAGUCAAGGGGCGAUCGGUCCAUGUUGCCGCGGCUGGUGGCAUUCCACCUGGUACGACGCUGUUUGCUGAAAUUCCAUUUGCAAGCGUCGUGGUCACAAAGGUACUGUGCACCGUGUGCUAUGCCGUUGCCGACCCCGAUCUGUGCUGCGACGACUGCUCCGAGGUCUCGUUUUGCAGCGAAGCAUGCCAACAACGCUUGAAAGUCGUCCACGAUCUCGAGUGUUCGACGUUGGAAGACAUCCACUUGAUUGCGAAAAAGUCUCGCGCCGAUAGACACCUGUUGUGUCUCAUCACACGAAUCUUGUGCACGCGCGCCGCCGCGACGUUGCCACACAAGGUGGCAGAUUCGGCUCCUAUGAUUACGACCACGUACUCUGACGUAGUGGACAUGGUGCAUGCCACGAAGGAGCUCAGUCCGGCGUGGCUGGCUUCGGUGCAAGCAGGAGCGGAGCUCAUUCUCAAGUCCCUCCCGUCGGAAUGUGCAGUGUCCGUACCAGAGGUCGUGGGUCUUGCCGCACGGAUAAACGAGAACUCGUACUCUUUGGAUGCCAACACAGCCGACGCCACCGGUCAAGUCGCGUCUGUUGGGUUGUUCCCCUUGGCGGGGCUGAUCAACCACAGCUGCCAGCCCAACUGCAUUUGGUCCACGGAUCCUUCGAAAGGGGCUAUGGUGGUGCGCACCACAGCAUUCAUCCCCCACGAAGACGAGAUCACAGUCACGUACAUUGACGUUCACCAGCCUCGACAGGCCCGCCAGCGGCAAUUGAAAGAGACCAAACACUUUGACUGUCGGUGUGACCGAUGCAACGAGGUGGGGCCGGCCGCUGCCGACACUCUCGUCGACGGUGUGUGCUGUCGAGGCUGCGGUGGUCACGAGCUACUUGUCCCUUGUUUGAACUAUCGCGGUGGCUCCUACUACUCCACCUGUCCGAAAUGCAACGGCGAAGUCUCAAACGAUGUCGUCGACGCCGUCAAAGCCCAAGCCGAUGCCGCCAUUCAAUCAGCCCAAGCCAAGAUGGACAAGAAAGAGUUCAAGCAAGCCCAAUCGAUUCUAGAUACGUUCUGGAACGAUAAGUCCGCAGUGAUUACUCUUCACCCUUGCCACUGGAUGGCCACCACCGCCGUGAGAUUGCUCUCCGAUUGCGCUUUCAAGGCGGGGAUGUACCUGCGUUGCUACGACCUUCGAAAACGACUCGUGAUGCAGUUGGAAGCCACGCUACCGCCCAACUCGUUGGCGCUGGGAACGGCCUACUUGGAGCUCGCGACAGCUGGAACUUUGUGUUUAAAGCAUAAAGUGUGGACGGGAGCCGACCAAGACGAGCGAAUCCAUCGUGAACAAGUGAAAGCACACUACGACCAGUGCCUUGGUAUUCGCAAAGUGUGUUAUGCCGACCACCACCCGAGGUUGAUGCAAGUGCAAUCUCAAGCCUUGAGUGUAUAGUGAAUGUGAUGUAUACUUCUAACAUGUAAUACAAGGAUUCACUACCGGUAAACAA